AUGCAACCCUGUAUUAGAUUACUAGGACGUUCAGCCUGGAAAGGCCCAAAUAUUGUACCAUUACCGAUCAAAGAAGCAAUGGCUAAAGGUUCACCAAUAAGAACAAAUGCUCGAGCUGCUACCAUAUUACCACAAUUUGUUGGUUUAAAAUUCCAAAUUCACAAUGGUAAAGAAUAUUUACAGGUAGAAAUCACUGAGGAUAUGGUUGGUAAUAAGUUAGGCGAAUUUGCUCCAACAAGAAAGAGAUUCAGAUACACACAAACUAAAAAUAAAUGA